AUGGAAAAUGACCUUUUGCAGUUUGGAGCAAAAGUUGCAUCAUCAAAAUACCUCAAGUUGUGUGCUGAGGCUGAAAAUAACAAACCCUGGCUUGAGUAGUAUGACGCUUAUGGAAAAAGAAUAGAUAUUAUCCAUACUUCAGAAGGUUGGAAGUACUUUAAAGCUUAAGCAGCUUUGGAAAAAUUAGUGUCUAUUGCCUACAAGAAUUCAGAUAAAUCGUCUCCAGACUACAAUCCAAACUCAAGGCUGCAUUAAAUUGUUAAGUUGAUGCUAUUUAGUGCUUCAAGUGCUCUUGUUUCCUGUCCAUUAUCUAUGACUGAUGGCGCAGCAUUUACAAUUAGACAACUAAAAAGAUCUUAAUCAAAGUACUAUUCAGAAGAACUUGCGUAGGCAUAUGAAAGUCUGACGUCGACAGAUCCCAGAAAAAUGUGGACUUCAGGUUAGUGGAUGACAGAAAAACGAGGAGGAUCAGAUGUAUCAGCUGGCACUGAUACAGUUGCUAUAGAAAAUAAGGAAACUAAUUAAUGCCAACUCUAUGGUUAUAAAUGGUUUACAUCAGCUGUUGAUUCUGAAAUGACUUUGGCAUUGGCGAGAUUCCCAGACUCAGAACAAGAAAUCGAAACUAAUUAAGGAAAACUCGGAUUAGUGUUUUUGAAAAUAAGAGAUAAAAAAGGAGAUCUCAAUAAAAUUUAAGUAGUCAGACUGAAAGACAAGCUCGGAACAAGGCAAUUACCUACAGCAGAAUUGAUACUUAAAGGUACUAUAGGAACAAGGAUUUCAGAUAUCGGAAAAGGUGUGAAUAUGAUUUCAAACAUGCUAAAUAUUACUAGGAUUCACAAUGCCCUAUGCAGUCUUGGCUAUAUGAGAAGAAUGUCAGCUCUUGCUAAUGAUUAUAAAGACAGAAGAGUCGCCUUUGGUUAGAAGUUAGUUGAACAUCAACUUCACUUGAAUGUGAUUGCGAAAUUUGAGAAAACUUAUAGAGGGAAUCUGUUGAUUUUGCUUGAAACAGUUUUGUUACUACAACAAUAGGACCAUGAAAACUAUGCUAACAAGGAUAAAUUGAGAUUACUGACUUCAAUUUUGAAAUUAUUUACUGCAAAGGAUUCAAUUGCUGUUGCAAGUGAGGGUAUUGAAAGCUUCGGAGGUUUAGGAUAUAUGGAAAAUACUAGAAUACCUUAGAUUUUAAGGGAUGCACAAGUAUUAUCUAUUUGGGAGGGUACCACAAAUAUCUUAUCUUUGGAUUUUUUAAAAGAUCUUAUGAAAUAGUAUUCAACUAAAAGGCAAAUACUUCUUGAUUUGUUACAUUACGAUACUAAUACUAAACUUGAUAGCAUUAAAACCAAGGAGUAAGUUAACUCACUCCUUUAAUACAGAGAGAGAUUCAUCCAAAGCCUUGAUAAAUUGUUUACUUCCAAAGAUGUAGCAUAUAUUAAGAGCUAAGCGAGAACAAUUGCUUUCAAGUAAACUUUAUAAUUUCUUAUUUAUUAUAGUUUUGCCUUCUUAUUCGUUCCAUUUGUGUUUCUUAAGAGAGUUAUGCCAGUUCAUUCAAAGGAUGCAGCUGAGAUUGAAGUAUUCAACUUUUGGAUUCAGAGAUUAUUAAAAGAGUAUUAAGACCCUAUUGAUGAAAUAAGUCAAAACCACCUUUAUCAGAGAGACUUAAAACUUCUUAAAGGACCAUCAUACGGUAAAGAUGUUAAUGAUAUUUUCUAACCAAGGCAGAAGUUAUGA